AUGACUCCCGUCUGCCCUCGCCCGGCUCUCGGCUACCAUUUCUUUCCGUGUUUGCUCCGCUCAGUGUUUAAAGACGCGCGCAGCGCAGCGCCGAGAGCAGAGGCCGCGGGGCCGCCCCGGCCGCUGUCCAGCACUCGCAGCCUGAGUCGGGGCUGCCGCGGCGCCAGUAAUGUCGGGGCCCAGACUGACAGGACACCCCUUGCAGGGAGUGGGGAGGCUGGGAGCCCGGCCGCCCCUCCCCAGGGCCGCCCAGCGACACCCACCGUCUCCCCCAGCAAGCGGGCUCGGCCUGCGGAGGACGCCAUGCGGCUCCGCUUUGUCCGGCUUUCGGAGCACGCCACCGCCCCGAGCAAGGGGUCCGCGCGGGCCGCGGGCUACGACCUGUACAGUGCCUAUGAUUAUACAGUACCACCUAUGGAAAAAGUCCUUGUGAAAACGGACAUUCAGAUAGCUCUUCCUUCUGGGUGCUAUGGAAGAGUAGCUCCCCGUUCUGGCCUGGCUGCGAAACACUUCAUAGAUGUAGGAGCUGGCGUCAUAGAUGAAGAUUAUAGAGGAAAUGUGGGUGUUGUACUAUUUAAUUUUGGCAAAGAAAAGUUUGAAGUCAAAAAGGGUGAUCGAAUUGCACAGCUCAUUUGUGAACGGAUUUUUUAUCCAGAAAUAGAGGAAGUUCAGGUUUUGGAUGACACUGAAAGGGGUUCAGGAGGUUUUGGUUCUACUGGGAAGAAUUAAAACUUAUGCCAAGAAUAGAAAAUGAGAAAACAUACUUUUCUUAAAAAUAAAGAGUCU